AAUUGCACUCUGUGAUGUCAGCCAGUGGAAAAACAUGUCACCGCUGUAAAUCACACACUGCACUGGUCUCAAGAUGAAGCUUUGAAAGGCUCAGAGGUAAAACUUUAAUGAUUCCCAGCCUCAUAUGUUUCCAGCAUCUCCCUUUGUUUUUUCCCUUUCUCUAUAAUGAGCACAGCCAAUCAAGGAUCUAGGUUCUUGCCACCUUUGAGGACUUGAUAACAACGGGUUUCUGGUCAGUGAUGCGGCAAAGUGGGCAGAGACAAAACACACUCCAACAUCUGCUGCCGAGGAGGUCGUAUCACCAUCUGCUUCUGUGAACCGAACACAGGAGGGACAGAUUUUGUGCGAUCCUUCUUUUUCGAGAAUGAUUGGAUCCGCUGGCCACCUCUUCAACGUACGAAUCUGCAUUUCUAUCAUGGGAAUUGUGGGUAAUGCGUUUCUCAUCGUCUGCGUCACUCAGACCAAGUUCACCCGGGUUAAAACCUUCGAGUUGUUUCUUUUGGGACUGGCUGUGGCCAACUUGGAGGACAUCCUCGUCGUGAACGUGUACGACAUCAUAACCAUCCAGAGCUCCUCCAUCGGCUCAAACAUUUUGUUGUGUCGCUUUCUCAAGUUCCUGACCGUGUUCGGGGAAAUUACCAGCAUCCUCUUCACCGUCCUCAUCAGCAUCUUCCGGUACCAGAAGCUGAGAGACGCCGGCAAGAGGGUCAACCUCCCGAUCUACCUGGACAGCAUCAGGUUGGCCUGGAUGGUGAGCGGAGCCUGCGUGAUGCUCUCUAUAUUACUAAGUGUUCCCAUCUUCACCAUCAGCCUUCAGGGCCGUGUGGAAAACGGCACAAGAAACAUAGGCUGCCCCCCCGACUUCUUUCAGUGUAGUAAAACGUAUUGUCCCGUACCCAAUGGCAUUUUCAAGUACCUGUUCAUCAUCCUGUGCAACCUGCUGCCUCUGAUCAUCGUCACGGUCACCGGCUGCCUCAUCGUCGUCGUGCUGCUGAACCAGAGGAAGACGGUGACGCCGGUGGUGAGCGUGAGCGGCUCGAGCCAGCUGGGCAGGAAGAGCAGAGGAGGUCUGAGGCACCAGCGAAGCACGAUAGCUGUUCUGGCAGCUAUGGGAUUGUUCCAGGUGGACUGGACGCUCUACCUGAUCUUCCAGCUGACUUUCAGCCCUGCCGACCUUCCCUAUUGGGGUGAAAUGGAGUUCUUUAUCUCAACUUCCUAUACAUCCAUCAGUCCCUAUGUGUAUGGGAUUGGGAAUAAUCUGUUCUCUCUUAAGAACUUAAUGAAGAGGUAGUCUGAAGCUCAUUUUCGGGGUUAGGUCUUGUUUUGAGUGAUAGAAUCGAAAUGAAACAAAUGUAAUGUGAUUUUUGCAUGCCAAUAAAAGCUGUAUGUUGCAAACUGAUGAUGAUUUUAUGUCACUAAAUUCACUGAGUUACUUCAGGGAAAGA